AUGACAACUUGGAGAGCAUUAAUGUCACCUUCUAGGAAUGUGUCUCUAUAAGAAUCGAAUUAGGAGUCUAUAGAUAAUCGGAUUCACACUCAACUUAAGGGAAGACAUGCAAAAACUAUUACAUUGAGUACUAAUAUUUCACAUCAGAAACCUACUACUAAAAGAUUGCACUCCAAAUCUAUUGAUAUCGAUAAAGCAUUUAUCUAAUCAUCAUCAGAUAAUUUAUUAGAAGUUAUUAAAUAAUCUAUUUAUAGGUAAUUAAUGUAGUAGAUGAAUAAUGUAAUUUGAGUGAGAUAAAAGAAAUGUUAAUUAACAAUACAAUUGAAUUGCAAAAGUUAUCCUAAGAAAUUGAUAAAUUUGAUUAUAAUUAAAGACAAAUUAAAGCAUUAUAAAAAUAAAUUUUGUUUUAAAGAAGGAAGUAUAAUUUAUAAAUCAAUAUGAAAAUAAAUGAUUGCAAUAAAAAGAUGUAACAAAUCUAAUGCAAAUUACAAACAAAUUAUUGA